GUUACAUGCGAAAUAGUAGUCAGCCCAAGAUCAUAAUAGGAGGUGAAUCUCCAGAUUGCUGCUGACCUAUCCUUCAUCACCAGUCAAGCUGACGUGGUCGAUUCCCGCACUAGUAUCCCUCAUUGUUGGGAAGACCAGGCGGUGCUCGCUGUCCUGAUUUUUCCUAGUAUUUAUUUUCGCUUUCCUUAUUCCUGGUAAUCUAUGUCGCAGUCCUGAGUUUUCCUAGAACUUCACUUUGCAACCCCGGCUUACACUUUGGGUCAUUGCUCCUUUGGAGUAUUCGUCGUAUUUGUGCCACCGUGCGCUGGAAGCUGCCUGACUGCUAUGUUAACUUGGAAAUUCCCCUUGUGCCGACGGGCCUUGUAGCCUGGCAUCUCAACUCCGCUCUCUCAUCGUCGUCCGCAAUUUCGCGUAUUCGUUUCUCCGUUCCCGCUGCCUCUAGAAAGCGACCGAGAGCCGCGAAAGCAGCAGUUUUGUGUGAGACAUGUGCGAAAAUAUAGGGUAACCAGCUCUCCGCUCGUCGGGGAAUGUGCGAAACCAUAGGGUAACCAGCUUGCGUCGGUCGAGAAUGUGCCAGCACAUCCGCACACAGCACGUUCGCCGCUAGUCGCGCAUUGACGCGAUGGGGUCCGCUUGUUUUAAAGCCCAGGAAGGGGAGGACGAUGGGGGGAAGAGUGAGCAAAGAAAAUCAAGGGAAGAGCAGCGGCAGCAGGCACAAGUUGAGUCUGGUCAGUCCCAGCAGCAGCAGCAGCAGCAGCAGCAGCAGCAGAAGCAGCAGGGAGUAAGGGCAGAGAAGCAGCAGCAGGAACUUGACGGGCAAAGACAGCCGUCCGAUGGUGCAGUGCAUGCAGAUCAAGGGUCAGGGAAAGCCCAGCUGCCUGAGCAACAGCAGGGGUCGGCCGUUGCAGCAGAUGGAGGCAAGGACCAGAGCAAUGGGGACCCUGCUGAACCGGGGGCAGCAGCAACACGACCACCAUCACAAGCACCACCGCAGCUGGAUCCCGCCGCAGAAUCGCCGGCAGCAGCACCUGGCAGCAGCAUCAGCAACAACUGUAGCAACGAUGCUAGGGACAAGGCAGCCGUGCCUGCAUUUCGACGAAUGACUCUAGAGGAGCUGAUGGCGGCUACCAAUAACUUCAGUGAGAGGAAUGUGGUAUCGGAGGGGGGGAGGCAGGCGCUGAACGUGGUAUACCGGGGGGUGCUGGGAAUCGAGGGACUCCAAGUGGCGCUCAAGAGGUUCCAGAAGAAGGAGUGGGAGGACGCCACGCAGUUUGGUUCUGACGCCGCAGCGGUGGGGAGCAUUCGCUACCCCGGGCUGACUUCGCUGCUGGGCUUCUGCAGUGAGGGCGACCACCGGCUGCUGGUGUCGGAGUUCAUGCCUAACUGCACGCUGGCACAGCAUUUAUUCCACUGGGAGCAACGGCCCAUGAGUUGGUUGGCGCGGCUGGCAGUGGCGAUGAACGUGGCGCAAACGCUGGUGCACCUGGGGAGGGAGAAAGGCAUGCCAGUGUAUCACGACCUCAACCCGUACAAAGUGCUGCUAGAUAAGGACAACCAACCCAAGCUCUCAUGUUUUGGGCUCAUCAAGCCUCUAAAGGACGGUCGCUACAGCUCCAACCUCGACUACUUGCCUCCUGAGCAACUGUUACAUGGGAGGGUGAGUGCAGAAAGCGUGGUCUACAGCUUUGGGCUCAUUCUUCUGGCCCUCUUUAGUGGAAAGAGCAUUCGGCCCACACAGUUCCUCGAGAUGGUGGAGGAGAAGCAGGAUCUAUCAUUGCUGCUGGACAGCAACCUGCUCUCGCACCCACCAAGCGUGGAGUUUGCUCUGGAGCUCGUGCCCCUCAUCGCCGAGUGCCUGAAGAGAGACCCGGGGGAGCGGCCUCCUAUGGACAGCAUUGCGGAGUUCCUUGGGAUCCUGGACGACAGAAGCAGGGGUAUUGGCAAUUCGCUCGCCGUAGCGGGUGGAGGGGAGGAGGGAGCAGGGACUGGCGCUUCUCCUGCUGUUGCCGCGCCCUCGCCGCUGGCACGUGCUGCCAUGGCGGGCGACUGGGGCAUGCUGCACGGGAGGCUGGUGACAGUGUCGUUCACGCCGCCCCAGGAGCCGUCCUUUGAGGUGUGGAAUGCGGAGGUGCAGGACCUGGUGUCGUCCAGGCAGAGGGGCGACAAGGCGUUCAAGAACCAGCAGUGGGAGGAGGCGAUUGCGCUCUAUACCAAGUUCCUCAAGUGCGACUCGCCGCCCAUUCCCAUGCUCUUUGCACGGCGUUGCUUGUCCCAUCUGCAAUUGGAGCACUGGGAGGAAGCGCUCCAGGACGCCCUGCAGGCACAACAAUCCAAGCCACCAUGGCCUGAAGCAACCUACCUGGUGGCAGCCGCACUCAGCAGACUGGGGAGGGCAGAUGAGGCGCAGGAGAUGGUGAUUGCGGGUGGCAGACUGGAACACAAGAGCUGAUACCGGGCGGCAGAAUGAAACAAGAAAGGCUGAUGGUGGGCGGCGGUCUGCAACAAGGGGAAUGGUUGCCCGCAGAUGGUAAAGCAUAGUUGAGACCUGGGAGCAGACAGGGGCAGACUGGAAAUGGGUAAGUUCAUUUGCUUUGGGUGUCGCAUGUCCUACUUGUGCUCACACUUUUCUGAAUCUAGAAUGUGUAGGUCAGUAUAGGCCAUAUGAUUCUAAGUGAAAGAUUUCUGAUCACAAGGAGUCAUUUAUAUUAAUCUGUACCUUCAAUGUUAAGGGCUGUGGCUCCUUUAGCUACCCAUGCUAUUAAAAUUUGGUGAUUAUC